GACAAUAAAUACUUGAGUGUUGGGAUUUUAACUGGCAAUAGUUAACAUGUCUGAUCCAACGAAUCAAGACUCUCUACGCAAUAUCACCAAAAGCAUCAAUCAUUUUUCAUCUAAAUUUUACCAGAUACUUGCUGAGAAUGAAAAAAAAAAUAUUAUUUGUUCACCAAUUAGUGUGUCAUUGGUGCUAUCAAUGGUGACCUUCGGAGCACGAAAUAAUACAAAAAAUGAAUUGAAAAAAAUUUUACAACUACCUGCUAAUGACACAAUCAAUAAAAAUGGUUUUCAAUUACUUAUUGACUCGCUCAAUAACUACAAGAUGGUGCAACUUAAUUUGGCAAACAAGAUUUUUAUAAGACAUGGAUUUGAAUUGAAAAGUGAAUUUAAAUUGAUAACUGAAUCGUCAUUUAAGUCAACAACUGAAAAUGUUGAUUUUAAUGAUAACGUCUUGGCAAGUAGGACAAUCAACACUUGGUGUGAGGAAAAAACAAAUAAUCAUAUAAAAGAUCUAAUCAAACCAGGUGAUGUUGAUGCAAGUACUGCAUUGGUGAUGGUAAAUGCUGUUUACUUCAAAGGAAGCUGGGCAAACCAAUUCAACCCGGAAUACACAAGAAUGCGUGAUUUUAAUGUUGAUGAAAAUACAACAAAACAAGUACCAAUGAUGUUUAGAAAUGGAUUAUAUAAUAAUGGAAUUCUUGAAGAACUUGAUGCAAGUUAUCUUGAGCUACCGUACAAGAGCAAUGAUGAAACAGAUGCUUUGAGUAUGUUUAUAAUUCUUCCAAACGAAAUAAAUGGUCUUAAAAAAAUUGAAGAUAAUUUUCACAAAGUGGAUUUUUCGAAAUUAAAUAGUUCAGAGUAUUCUAUGGAUUUAAUUUUGCCCAAGUUUAAAUUUGAAAGUUCAUUUGAUCUUGGAGAUGUGAUGAAAAAAAUGGGAAUUGAAGAUGCAUUUAAAGACAAUGCUGAUUUUAGUGGUAUUUCUGACAGUCCAUUGAAGGUCAGUAAAAUUAUACAGAAAGCAUUUAUUGAAGUCAAUGAAGUGGGCACUGAAGCUGCUGCAGUUACAGGAAUACAAAUAAUGCUGAUGUGCAUGCCACCACGUUUUUCAGUGGACAGGCCUUUUUUAGCAGCAAUUGUUGCUAAAAAUACAAACACUUGUUUAUUUACAACAAGAAUUAUGGAUCCUUCAUUAUAAUUAUAAAUUUUAUUGCAAUAAAAAAGAAAAAAAAUAUUUUUAAUGCAAGUGAC